AUGGAUAGAGAAAACAAAGAUCCUAGCACCUCUGAUUCAGAAAUUGCUCGCCUUUUUCGUGUUUACCGUACGGUGCACGAAAUGGGUUAUGUAAUUAACCACGAUACACAUACUGAUAUGAACUUAUUUCGAGAGCGUUGUAUGAAAAAUGGUUUGAUAGUUAAAGAAUCUAUGAUGUUUCAAGUUCAAAAGAAUGAUAAUCCAAAUGAACAAUUGCUUGUAACGUUUCCUGACGAAAAACCUGUUGGUGUAAAGUACCUUAAAAUCUUAUGUCAACGAAUGAUGGAUUCAAAAGUUAAUCGUGGCAUCAUUGUUUUUCCUGGUACACUCACGGCAGCGGCUAAUAAGGCAAUACAAGUUAUAAACACGCGAGAAACAAGACGUUACGAGGUCGAUACGUUUUCAGAAGCGGAUUUGAUGAUCAAUAUUACAUCUCAUCAGCUUGUACCCAAACAUUACGUGCUUUCUGACGAAGAAAAGAAAACAUUACUUGCUAAAUACCGAUUAAAGGAAACCCAAUUGCCACGAGUACAAGCAACAGAUCCCAUUGCAAAAUAUUAUGGUUUGAAACGAGGACAAGUUUUUAAGAUUAUGAGACCUAGCGAAACUAGUGGACGAUACGUUACUUAUCGUCUUUGCUUUUAG